AUGCAAGACUGGCCAGAUACGGUAGUGAGGACGUCCAAAGGAUGCAGGCACGGCACCACGACGAUCAAGGGAUGCUACCCCAUGGCAACGACGGACGGAACGGCGGUGAAAGUUACGCACUGCAGCGAGAACGAGGAAUUCAACACCAGGACAAGUCAAGUUAGGCACGGCAUGCAAGGCAAGCGACAAAGGCUCCACGGCAUCAGCGACGCAAGGCAGGGCAGAUAUUGUAGCAAGGGCGGCCAAGGGAUGUUGCGUCACGGCAACAAGACAGGCUAG